CAUUGCUUUGCAGGCUGCCUGCUGUUUCCCGGGGAGAUCAUGAAACGAGGUCGCCUUCCCAGCAGCAGUGAGGAUUCUGACGACAAUGGCAGCCUCUCAACUACUUGGUCACAGAAUUCCCGAUCUCAGCACAGGAGAGGUUCGUGCUCCAGACAUGAAGAUCGAAAACCUUCAGAGGUGUUUAGGACAGACCUGAUCACCGCUAUGAAGUUGCAUGACUCCUAUCAGCUGAACCCAGAUGAGUACUAUGUGUUGGCAGAUCCCUGGAGACAGGAGUGGGAGAAAGGAGUCCAGGUGCCCGUGAGCCCUGGGACCAUCCCUCAGCCUGUGGCCAGGGUCGUGUCUGAAGAGAAAUCCCUCAUGUUCAUCAGGCCCAAGAAAUACAUUGUCUCACCGGGCUCCGAGCCUCCAGAGUUGGGCUAUGUUGAUAUCCGGACGCUGGCUGACAGUGUGUGUCGUUACGACCUCAACGACAUGGAUGCUGCAUGGCUGGAACUGACCAAUGAGGAAUUUAAGGAGAUGGGAAUGCCUGAGUUAGAUGAAUACACCAUGGAGAGGGUCCUGGAGGAAUUUGAACAGCGAUGCUAUGACAAUAUGAAUCAUGCCAUAGAGACCGAAGAAGGCCUGGGGAUUGAAUAUGAUGAAGAUGUUGUCUGUGAUGUCUGCCAGUCACCUGAUGGUGAGGACGGCAAUGAGAUGGUGUUCUGUGACAAAUGCAACAUCUGUGUGCACCAGGCCUGUUAUGGAAUCCUCAAGGUCCCAGAGGGUAGUUGGCUAUGCCGGACAUGUGCCCUAGGGGUUCAGCCCAAGUGUUUGCUGUGUCCCAAGAAAGGCGGAGCUAUGAAGCCUACCCGCAGUGGCACCAAAUGGGUCCAUGUCAGCUGUGCUCUGUGGAUCCCUGAGGUGAGCAUUGGCAGCCCCGAGAAGAUGGAACCCAUCACGAAGGUGUCUCACAUCCCCAGCAGUCGGUGGGCGCUGGUGUGUAGCCUCUGCAAUGAGAAGUUUGGGGCCUCCAUACAGUGCUCUGUGAAGAACUGCCGCACAGCCUUUCACGUGACCUGUGCUUUCGACCGGGGCCUGGAGAUGAAGACCAUCUUGGCGGAGAACGAUGAAGUCAAGUUCAAGUCCUACUGCCCGAAGCACAGCUCACAUAGAAAACCCGAGGAGAGCCUCGGUGAGGGGGCCACUCAGGAGAAUGGGGCCUCUGAGUGUUCCCCUCGGAAUCCGCUGGAGCCUUUUGCCAGCCUUGAGCAGAAUCAAGAAGAGGCCCACCGGGUGAGUGUCCGUAAGCAGAAGCUGCAGCAGCUGGAAGAUGAGUUCUACACCUUCGUCAACCUGCUGGAUGUCGCCAGGGCCCUGCGGCUGCCUGAGGAAGUAGUGGAUUUCCUGUACCAGUACUGGAAGUUGAAGAGGAAGGUCAACUUCAACAAGCCCUUGAUCACUCCAAAGAAAGACGAAGAGGACAAUCUAGCGAAGAGGGAGCAGGAUGUCUUGUUUAGGAGGCUGCAGCUGUUCACUCAUCUGCGGCAGGACCUGGAGAGGGUUCGGAACCUCACUUACAUGGUGACCCGCAGGGAAAAGAUUAAGCGAUCUGUGUGCAAAGUCCAGGAACAGAUAUUCAAUCUUUACACUAAGCUCUUGGAGCAAGAAAGAGUUUCAGGUGUGCCUUCAUCUUCCUGCUCCUCGUCCUCACUGGAAAACAUGCUUCUGUUCAACAGUCCUUCUGUGGGCCCUGAUGCUCCCAAGAUAGAGGACCUGAAGUGGCAUUCUGCGUUCUUCAGGAAGCAAAUGGGUACUUCCUUGGUUCAUUCGCUGAAAAAGCCCCAUAAGCGAGAUCCAUUGCAGAACAGCACUGGGAGUGGAGGCAAAGCCCUGCUGAAGCAGCCAGACCUGUGUGGUAGAAGGGAGGGGAUGGUGGUCCCAGAGAGCUUUUUGAGUUUUGAAAAGACCUUUGCAGAAGCGCGUCUCCUGUCAGCACAACAGAAAAAUGGUGUGGUGGUGCCCGACCACGGGGACAGAAGAGACCAUCGUUUCCAUUGUGAUCUCAGUAAGGGAGACUUAAAGGACAGACCUUGUAAACAGAGUCACAAGCCUCUCAGGUCCACAGACAUGUCCCAGAGGCAUCUGGACAGCACACGAGCUACCACCUCCCCUGGAGGGGGGCAGUCAGCACCCGGCACAAGGAAGGAGAUAGUGCCCAAGUGCAACGGCUCCCUCAUCAGAGUAAACUAUAACCAGACUGCAGUCAAAGUGCCUACAACGCCUGCCAGCCCAGUGAAGAACUGGGGAGGAUUCCGGAUUCCAAAGAAGGGGGAACGGCAGCAGCAGGGAGAGGCCCAUGAGGGGGCCUGCCACCAGCACUCAGACUACCCCUAUCUGGGCCUAGGCAGAGUUCCAGCUAAGGAAAGGGCCAAAAACAAAUUAAAAUCUGACAAUGAGAAUGACGGGUAUGUCCCUGAUGUAGAGAUGAGUGACUCAGAGAGUGAGGCAUCAGAGAAGAAAUGUAUACACGCCAGCAGCACCAUCAACAGGAGGACAGACAUUAUCAGGAGAAGCAUCUUGGCCUCUUGA